AUGUCAAUGAUAACAAAUUUAACAAAUUGCGGAUGGGAGGAAUUAACACAAAUACUUGCGGGAAUCUUAUAUCCGAUGGGAUUUGAUUUAGUCAAGGCAUUUCCUGCCGAGAGGUACAACUCCAACAUACCAUCCAUGAGUACAUUGGUUCCACUACCCAUCACAAAUUUUCGAGGUUCUACUUCUGUACAGCGUAAUCGUUCAUCCACCUUAUCAGUAAUAAUAGGUAACACCAGACAUCUUUGGUCGAUUUUCAUAGAUUAUUAUGCAAAGAACAUGAGAGAAAACAUUGGCGAUAAUCAAGAAAAUGGAUCCGAAGAAAGCGACACUUAUAAACAAAGUAACCCGUUAGAUUGGUACACUCGAAUUAGCAUCGAAUCAGCUGUGAAACGAGCCGUUUCAAAGUUUUCCAAGAAUGCUUCUACUUUGGAAUAUGAAAUUCGGUACGCCUUCGACCUGAGUGAAGAUAGAUUCGUGGCAUUCCAACAGCUGGCCCAAGAUGCAGGAUUAGCUUACUAUAAUAAGAUUUGUUAUUUGAGUGUUCAUCCAGAAUAUGGCCCGUGGAUCGGAUUAAGGGCCGUCGUAACAUUUGAUAUCGAUGGACCACCGAAUACUUCUAAACUAUUCCCCACACCCGGAAAUCCAUAUCCAAAAGGAGACCAAUUGUUAGAAACCAAAAUGGAAGAAGUUUUGAAAAAUGAUAAUGGCAGCCAAUCUUCAAGCACAAACGUCACGAAUAUCGACAAAGAAUCUGUUGCCAAGACUAAUUUUGACAAGCAAGUUAUCGCUAAUAUUAGUAGAGACUGGUACAAGUGGGUUAAGUUGCGUGAUAUCGCCGGAGGAUUUAUGAGUGACGAAAUGAAAUUGAAAUAUAGAUAUUCUAUAGAACAAUUAGAAUAUCACUAUACAAAGAACUUGAAACUACUCAUUACGAUUCAAGUAGGGCAAGGUGGUUUGAAGUUUGUCCCCCAAAAUAUCACUGUCAAUAUUGGUGACGUUUUAACAUUCAAUUGGGCUAACGGUGGACCACACAGUGUAGUACAAUCCGAUGGCCCGGCCGGUAGCUGUACUAAAUCAUCCCGUGCUGGUGCUUUUAAUAGCGGUCAAAAGCUCAGUGGAACCUUCGAUUAUACCGUUAAAACUUCCGGCGACAUAUUUUAUUUCUGCGAUGUCCCCGGCCAUUGCGAAGAAGGGGGCAUGUGGGGCGUAAUUACCGUUGGAAGUUCAUCCGGUAAUUCCUCGUCAACAGGUGCAACUUCAACUAAAUCAUCUGCCUCUAGUACUUCAACAACAAUUGUUACUCUAUUGGGUGUUUACGAUGGACGAAAUGAUUUGCAAAUUAACAAUCACAUGAUUCUUAGUCCGACCGUCAGUGAUUCAUCAACAAGUACAGGUGGUGUGCAUUCAACAUCUGAACCUAUUUCUUCUGCUCCUACUCAGUCGGUGACUAUAAGUGCCUCUCUAUUAUUAAUAUUGCUAUCAAGUGUGACUAUGGCUGCUUUCUUGAUGCCUUCACUUACAUGUGUAUAA